AUGCACUGUGUCCAGCGUAAUAAUACUGAUAGAAAGCACAGUGCCAAUAAUUACCAGGCAGCUUGGGUGUGGCAGCUGCAGAGCAGCCCACUUCGGGCGAAAUCGUCUUCAUUUUUCCUCUCCAAUCUCUCCAAAAUCGACUGCGGGACUGGGCCGCCCGACCAUGUCAUUAUACGACCCAUUACUUGA